UAGACCCCCAAGUGUGCACGAAUAUCUCCAGAAAACAUACUAAAUAACGCACCAAGAAACAGAAAUACUUGUUGCCAAAUUUCUUGAUCGUACAAUCACAAGACAAGUACAACAAUUCCACUUCUUGCACCACAGUUGUAGGAUCCAAGUGCUGCAUCUGCUGAUUGAAGCUUUGGAGAUAAGAGAAUAGGAAGAAGAAAAUGGCUGGUUUAACUUCAGUCACACCCCAUCCAGCAUCUUCAUCUUCUUUGCACUCCAAUUUCCAGUCCUCGCCUCUCAUUUUCGCUCCAAAAACCGCUCAUGAGCAUGCCUCCUGCCGCGCCGCACUCGGAUCAUUCAGGCAUUCCCGCAGGAGCUUGUCGACGCGAUCCGUUCCGGGUGGGCUAAAAGUCAUGAAUGCAGCGACAAAGCUUGCAAAGUCACCAGCUGAAGAAGAGUGGAAGGUGAAGAGGGAAUUGCUGCUCCAGAAAAGGGUAAGGAGUGUGGAUGUGAAGGAAGCACUGCGCCUUCAGCAGGAAAAUAAAUUCGUAAUUCUCGAUGUACGACCUGAAGCAGAAUACAAGGAGACUCAUCCGCCGGGGGCUAUAAACGUGCAAAUAUAUAGGCUCAUCAAGGAAUGGACGGCAUGGGACAUCGCGAGGCGAGCUGCAUUCGCCUUUUUCGGCAUCUUUGCGGGCACGGAGGAGAACCCAGACUUCAUAACAACUGUGGAAUCGAAAAUCGGUAAAGAUGCAAAGAUAAUCGUGGCUUGCUCAGCCGGCGGCACAAUGAAGCCAUCUCAAAAUCUUCCUGAAGGUCAACAAUCAAGAUCACUUAUAGCAGCAUACCUGCUGGUGCUCAACGGCUACGCGAAUGUCUACCAUUUAGAAGGGGGCUUGUCUACAUGGUUCAAGGAGGGACUGCCGGCAGCUUCUGAUGAGUGAAAACACGAGCAUCGUAUCGACAUUUCUUUGAUCCUUCUCAUUCAGGAAAAUCGCAAAGGAUGUGG